UGCGUCUGGGGGCGGGGAGGCGAGGAUGGGGCCGCGGCUGAGGCGGAAGAGCGCGGCGGCCCUCCUGCUGGCCCUGCUCGCAGUCACCCAAAUCCACGCCCUGGAGAUCCAGGCUGACCCAGAAGUGCAGGCCUUCGUGGGGGAGCCAGUGACCCUGAAAUGCUGGUUCAGCUCUUCCUUUCCAGUCACGGAGAAGCUGACCAUCGACUGGACAUUCCGGCCUCUGGCAGGGGGCAGCCUGCAGCCGAUCUUCCAUUACCAGGCUGAUGCCUACCCAGCCAAGACGGGCACCUUCCAGGGCCGUGUCUCCUGGGCCGGGGACGUGGCCAAGCAGGAUGCCUCUAUCACAAUCGCCAACCCGACACCGGACGACAACGGGACGUUCAGCUGCGCUGUGAAGAACCCCCCAGACGUGCAGCACGACAUUCCCCAGACAGUGCUGACGGUCGUACGGAGAGGCGCCUCUUUGCAGCUGACAUCCGCUGGGCUGCUCUCCAUCCUGGUCUUCUUGCCAUCCGCUGUUGUGGUGGCCCUGCUGCUGAUUCGAAUGGGCAGGAAGGUUGGGGUGCUGCCACGCUGGAAGGACGUCGGCUACAAGAAGUCCUCCAUCGAAGUCUCCGACACGCCGGAGCGAGCGGGCUGCGGCAAGCGCCUGGCCGGCUGGUGCCUGCAACACCUGGAUAGCGACGAAGAGGGUCCUUACUGACGGGCGGUGAAGGCCGUCCUGCGGACCAUCAUCGGAAGGCCCCCUUCCACCAUCCGCCUCCGCACUGCAUAAUGGAUGGACCUGCGGCCCCCGGCCUGGGGGUGUCAGAAGAUGACAGAUGCCACGGGACUGGUUUUCAUUUCAUCUUGGGAAUAAUUGAGGUGUUCAGCUUCUCCCACAAUGGCCCUUCCCUAAACUUUUGGUGCAAGUGCUACCUCUGUGUUUCUGCCCGAGUUGCUGGGUCCCCAGGCGCUGCGGUGCACUCGGCAAUGGGAUGUCGGUCUGCUCAGGAAAGGAGGCCACCGUCUCUGACUGUCCUCAUGGGCCCCUAGAUCUUUGGAGCUGCUCUCCAGCUGCUGAGC